AUGUUGGAGGCUCGGGCAGGGAGCCAUGGCUGCGAGCGGCGGGUGCAGAGUCGGAGCUGCGGCAGCUCCGCGGGGCAGAUGCUGGAGGUGCGGCCAGGGCUGUACUUGGGUGGAGCCGCGGCCGUGGCGGAGCCGGACCACCUGAGGCAGGCGGGCAUCACGGCCGUGCUGACGGUGGACUCAGAGGAGCCCGACUUCAAGUCGGGGGCGGGGAUGGAGGGUCUACGGAGCCUCUUCGUGUCGGCGCUGGACAAGCCCGAGACUGACUUGCUCAGCCAUCUGGACCGGUGCGUGGCCUUCAUCAGCCAGGCCCGCGCCGAGGGCCGCUCCGUGUUGGUGCACUGUCAUGCAGGAGUUAGUCGAAGUGUGGCUAUAAUGACUGCUUUUAUGAUGAAGACUGACCAGCUUACCUUUGAAAAAGCCUAUGAAAAUCUCCAGAUCAUCAAACCAGAGGCUAAAGUGAAUGAGGGAUUUGAGUGGCAACUGAAAUUGUACCAGGCAAUGGGAUAUGAAGUGGAUACUUCUAGUGCAAUUUAUAAGCAAUAUCGUUUACAAAAAGUUACAGAAAAGUAUCCAGAAUUACAGAACUUACCUCAAGAACUCUUUGCUGUUGACCCAACCACCAUUUCACAAGGACUGAAAGAUGGCAUUCUCUACAAGUGUAGAAAGUGCAGGCGAUCUUUAUUUCGAAGUUCUAGCAUUUUGGAUCAUAAUGAAGGAAGUGGUCCCAUAGCCUUUGCCCACAAGAGAGUGACACCAUCUUUCACACUCACCACAGGGAGUCCGGCUCAGUGUACAUCGUAUUUCAUUGAACCUGUACAGUGGAUGGAAUCUGCUUUGUUGGGCGUGAUGGAUGGACAGCUUCUUUGCCCCAAAUGCAAUGCCAAGUUGGGUUCUUUCAAUUGGUAUGGUGAACAGUGCUCAUGUGGUCGAUGGAUAACACCUGCUUUUCAAAUACAUAAGAACAGAGUGGAUGAAAUGAAGAUGCUGCCGGUUUUGGGAUCACAAAGAAAAAUAUGAACUUGACAUUUUUGAUAGCUUGGAAAGAAACUUGCUGAUAUGUGCUUCCCUCGCUUGUUGUCAUUCGUGGCAUUGUCUAGUUUAUAGGCCAUCAGCAUUUCAUUUGAUGUGACAUGGAAACUGUGCUUUGUUAUUUGUUAGUCUCUUACACCAUUUAAGUAGAAUACUUUAUAUGGAAAUCAAAACUUUUAAUCAUGUAAAUUGUACUUUAUUUGAUAUUAAAAUUUUCUGUAACCCAUA